CCGUCGACGGCGCCAGUGGGCCGAGCGUUGGACUGUGUUGAGAUUAGAGCGUAGACAGGUGGUUACGGCAGUGAAUUGCUGAAAUCAACAUUGGCGGUGUACUCCAGCGUGUGUGAUCUACCUGAUUGCACAGGUGGAAACUGAGAAGGCUGGCAUUGGCCAAAGGAGCUUGCGUAAAGAAGAAAACAGCGGUCUGGGCUACUUGAACGUACACAGGAAUCGGUGGCAGCGCCCCGAAUUGAGUGCUUUGUUGCUAUCGCUGUCGGUAGAGAAGAAAAAAACUGGGGCGUUUCUAGCGGACGAAACCAAACUUGGCUCUUAUCAUGGGAGGGUUAAGUACAAAGGAAAAAUUGGACUUGGUGAACGCCAACAACUUGACAAAACUGGACUCACAAUCUCCUACAAGCACAUCGCGUCGAAAGCGCUCUCUCAAGUCAACGCAGUGCCCAAAGAGUGAUGACGGGCUUUCAGAAGCGGCAGUCGAGGAGCCGACACUGACGGCUGAAGAUAAACGCUAUCUCAUAGAAACAUGGAAGACUCUGGAGUCGGAUCCGACCACAGUGGGCAUCAUUACUUUCUCACAACUGUUCGACGAGAAUCCAAACAUGAAGGACGUCUUUGAGGCCUUUCGCCAGAUCGAGAUGGAAGACGUCAAGGCAUCGCAGGAGCUGAAACAGCACGCUGCAAGGGUAAUGGGCUUCGUCAACAAGGUCAUACUGAGGCUCGAUUCCGAAGAAAAAUACGGCCCCCUAAUGACGGACUUGGGAUGCCGACAUCUUAGCUACGGAGCAAAACCACAGUACAUUGAUCUGAUGGGCCAACAAUUCAUCAUGGUGAUUCGUCCUAGCCUUGUGGAGGCGGAACAGUGGAGUGAUGGCGCCGAGAUGGCCUGGAGAAAACUAUUCCAGGUGAUCAGCCACAGUAUGAAGCAGGGUCUGCGGGACAGCCAGGCGGCUGAAGCGGAAACCUCACCCAAACGCAGCAUUCGACUGCCUUCCCUCAAACGGAAAUCGGUGGCGCCUCCCAAAAACUGUCCCGCGCAUACGAUUGAAUACUGAAUGUGCCAUGUCAGUGUGCUGUGCUGAUGCGGAUAUUUCAGUACUGUGCUGAUGCGGACAUGCCAAUGUCGUGUGCUGAUAAGGAUAGGUCGGUACUGGACUGGUGUAAAAAUAUCAGUACCUAUAGCCCUACAUACUGAGCUGAUGCAAGGUCAGUCCCUUGCUGAAUGACGUAAUUAUAAGACUCUGAGAAACUGUUGGGGAUUUGCCACUGGCAAUCGGGCACUGAGUAAUGAGCAUUGAGAAUAAAGCGCUUGUUUGU